GCCUUUUUUAGCAUAUGAGACACGAAUAAAUUCAUUAGUUAAUAACAGUCGGUAUUAAAUCUCUUAGUUUAGUGACUUUGUGAACAGUUAUCGCCGCCCAUCGGGUGAGCGCGUAUAAUAUUCAGCGAAAUUAUAUUCAGUCAUCGAAAUUUCGUUGGAAUCAGAAAGAAAAUAUGAAGAGCUUUUUCAUUACCGAGCUGUUGUUUUUAUUACUGAUGUGCGGUGUGUUUGGUGCUGAAACAGAAAAAGUGAAGAACGUGUCAGUGUCAGUGAUGGAGGGAAAGACUGUUACUCUGGACUCUGAUCUCACUCAAAUAACGGGAAUUAUUAAGAUUGUGUGGAGGUUUGGAGUUGAAGGUACAAACAUUGCUGACAGUUCUAACGAUGAUCCCUUGUUAAAUAACACUGAUGACAGAUUCAGAGAAAGACUGCAGCUGCAUCAGAAUGGAUCUCUGACCAUCAAGAACAUGAGAACUGAACACUCUGGACUUUAUAAGCUACAGGUCGACCACAAAACUACUGGAAACUCAAAUAAGUAUUUCAAUAUUACUGUUUUAGUACCAGAACGGUCUUCAGGUGCUAUUGCAGGAAUAUGUGUUACUCUUUUACUGAUAGCUGCAGCUGUAGCUGCUGUUGCUUUUUACUAUCGCCACAGAAUCUGUGAUCAAAAGCGUUUAAUGGAACCAGAGAUCUCUGAACCAGUGUUAAACGAGAUUCCUGCUGUGACAGAGGAAGACACAGACACUGGACAACUAUGGAAAACAUAUGAAGAGAAGUAUUUGUCAGUGAUGGAGGGAGAAUCUGUCACUCUAAAAACUGAUGCUGAAAUAAAAGGGGAUGAUCAGGUCCUGUGGAUGUUUGGUCCUCAAGAAACUCUCAUAGCUGAAAUCAAAAGUGAAACCAGAGAGAUCAGCACCUUUGAUGGUACUGAUGGGAGAUUCAAAGACAAACUGAAACUAGGCAAGACUGCAUCCCUGACCAUCACAAACAUCACAGCUGACCACAAUGGAGUCUAUAAACUACAGACCAGCAGCAGCAGAGGAACCUCGUUUCAAAGAUUCAUUGUAACUGUCAGAGUCGUGGUAAUGUCAGUGACGGAGGGACAAACAGUCACUUUAUACCCUGAUGAUACUGAAGCACAGAAAGAUGAUCUGAUUGUGUGGAUGUUUGGAGAUGAAGACAAUCUCAUUGCUCAAAUGACUGGAAAGACCAGAGCAACAUAUGAAGGCACUGAUGGGAUAUUCAGAGACAGACUGAAGCUGGACAAGAGGACUGGAUCACUGACCAUCAGGAACAUGCGGACAGAGCAAUCUGGACUUUACAAACUACAGAUGAGCAGCAGCAGCAAAGGAACCACAAACAAGAGAUUCAACAUCGUAAUAAAUUUGAAUAAUGUGUCCGUGAAGGAGGGAGAGUCUUUUAUUCUGAAGACUAAUGCUGAAAUACGGAAAAAAGAUAAGAUACUGUGGGUGUUUGGAGAUGAAAACACUCUCAUAGCUGAAAUCAAUGAAGGGAAUGGAAACAUCUCUACUUCUGAUGGGAGAUUUGGAGGCAGUCUGGGGCUGGACAUUAGUACUGGAUCCCUGACCAUUAGAAACAUCACAACUGAACACACUGGAGUUUAUAAACAGAAGGUCAUCAGCAAAAAAGGGACCACAAUCAAGAGAAUUAAUGUUUCUGUGAGAGUGAUGAUGAUUUUAGGGGUGAAGGGCAAGAAUGUGACUCUAAACCCUGAUAUCGAAACGCGGAGAGAUGAUCUGCUCCUGUGGAUGUUUGGAGAUGAAAACUAUCUCAUUGCUCAGCUGAAUGGAGAGACCAAAGAGACCAUAUACGCUGAGGCCGAUGACAGAUUCAGAGACAGACUACAGCUGGACAAGAACACUGGAUCUCUCACCAUCAAGAACAUCCCAACCGGACCUUAUAAACUACAGAUCGUCAGCAGUCGAAGAACCUCGUACCAGAAGUUCAGAGUUUUCAUUUGUUGUGAGUCCGGUCCCAAGAUAGUGUCAGCGAUGGUGGGAGAAUGUCUAAUUCUAAUCACUGACUUUACCAUAGAAAUGGGUGAGCGGGUACAUUGGAUCUUUCAAGAUAAAACCCUAGCAGCUGGAAUGAAUGGAGACAUCAGUAAGACUUCCUAUGGCGAUGUGAGAUUCAAAGGCAGACUGGAGCUGCAUCAUCAAACCGGAUCUCUGACCAUCAAGAACACCAGAACCAGUGACACUGGAAUUUAUCAACUAAGGUUCGUCAGUAGAUGUGGAGAGAAGAUUUGCUGGGAAUUCAACGUCACGGUCUAUGAUUCUACAAAGAUUAAAUCAGCAGCUGAAAUGAUAAAUGAAGUGGCUUCUGAAUUAACGAAUAUGCAGCGGACACAAGUUUAGGCUGAUGAAGUAAGACACAACCACCAGUGUCAAUCAUUGUGAAAUCAACAACUGAUCCUCUGAACCUGACUUCUAGAAUACAUCCACUGAAACUGCAAAAUUAACCUGUGCACCUCUUAAAUGUAAAUAUGGAUGGA